GGCCCACGAAGAUAAAACAUAAAAAACCCAACGGUCAAAAACUGGCCCAUGAUCAUAAGCUCAGGAACUCUCAGCUCUGCUUAUGCUAGGGCUACGGUUACAGACUCGCCGCUGCUUGUUUGCUCGACUCCAUCGGAAACUCGCUGCCGAUACGAGUUAACUAGUCAACUCCACCUAAAUAUGUCCAUCUACCGCCUCCUCAGCUCCGUUCGUCGCUCCUCCACCAUCACCACCGCCCAACCCCUCUUCCAUUUCUUUCAUUUAACCCAAAACCCUGUCCAGAACCAGAGUCUUAACCCUCAAAGUCCUUACCUUUACCGCUCUUUUGCCUUCACCUCAGCAGAGGAAGCCGCAGCAGAGCGCCGUCGCCGAAAGCGUCGCCUCCGCAUAGAGCCUCCACUUCAUGCUCUUCGUCCAUCUCCUAACUCCUCCCCUCCCGCUCGUGACCCUAAUGGCCCACGCCUUCCGGACUCCACCAGUCAGCUCGUUGGCCCCCGCCUUAACCUCCACAAUCGCGUGCAGUCCCUCAUCCGCGCUUCAGACCUUGAUGCGGCUUCCCUCCUUGCCCGUUCCUCAGUUUUCUCCAACAUCCGUCCUACCGUCUUCACCUGCAAUGCCAUCGUUGCUGCCAUGUACCGGAAUAAGCGUUUUGAUGAGGCCGUAGCCUUAUUUCAUUUCUUCUUCAAGCAGUCUAAUAUCGUUCCCAAUAUUGUGUCUUACAAUAAUUUGAUCAAUACUCAUUGCGAUAGGGGUGAAGUAGAUACUGCUCUUGAGGUUUACCGCCAUAUUUUGGCCAAUGCACCGUUCAGUCCAUCUGCUGUGACUUACAGGCACUUGACCAAGGGUUUGAUAGAUGCAGGGAGGAUCGGAGAGGCCAUGGAUUUGUUGAGGGAGAUGUUGGCUAAAGGGUACGGUGCUGAUUCUUUGGUUUACAAUAACUUGAUAUCCGGGUUCUUGAAGUUGGGGAAUUUGGAGAAGGCCAAUGAGCUAUUUGAUGAAUUGAAGGAGCGAUGCCUGGUUUAUGAUGGAGUUGUGAAUGCAACGUUUAUGGAGUGGUGGUUUAGUCAGGGAAAGGAUAAGGAGGCCAUGCAGUCUUACAAGUCAUGGUUGGAUAGGAAAUUUAGGAUGAUCCCAGCCACGGGUAAUACUCUUUUGGAGGUUUUGCUCAAGCACGAGAAGAAAACUGAAGCUUGGGCAUUGUUUGAGGAAAUGUUGGACAGUCAUAUGCCGCCAAAUAUUCAGGCAGUUAAUUCUGACACAUUUAGUAUCAUGGUGAAUGAGUGUUUCAAGUUGGGGAAGUGUGAGGAGGCAAUUCAAACGUUUAAGAAGGCAGGGACAAAGGCAGGAUCCAAGCCUUUUGCAAUGGAUGUUGCGGGGUUUAACAACAUAAUUACCAGGUUUUGUGAACUGGGGAUGUUAUCUGAGGCAGAGAAGCUGUUUGCUGAAUUGUCUAAAAAGUCAUUGUCAGCUGAUGUGCCAACUUAUAGGACAAUGAUUGAUGCAUAUCUGAAGGCAGGGAGAAUUGAUGAUGCUUUGCAGACUUUUACCAAGAUGGUGGAGUCAGGUUUGAGGGUGGUUGCAAGUUUUGGAACAAGGGUGUUUGGUGAGUUUCUCAAGAAUGGAAAGAACAUGGAAUCAGCAUGGCUUUUGACGAAAAUGGGGGAGAAAGAUCCUAAACCUGAUGCUUUGAUUUAUGAUGUGGUGGUGAGGGGACUCUGCAAUGCUGGUGAAUUUGAGAAGAGCUGUGACAUAUUGGAUCAGAUGAUGAGGUAUGCUGUUGGUGUUACUCCAGUGCUGCUGGAGUUUGUGCGUGAUGCUUUUGGAAAAGCUGGACGAAUUGAAGAAAUUGAGAGAGUUUUGAAUAAAACCAGGUGGGCACCCCCCAGUACUGCUAGCCCACCUAGAGCUCGACCAUGGGGACAGCCACAGCAGUCACCUAUAGAACCUCCUCGAAAUCAGAUGGCUGCACAGCAUGCAUCAGUUUCCCCUCAAAUGACAGGACAGCAUGUAUCGGGUUCUCAGCAGUACAUGGGGUCUUUCAACGCUGCUCAAGUAAACCACUCGACAUGAUUUCAGUUUUCUUUAUGGUGACUUGGAUAUAAAUAUGAAAGUCUACCAUGUUGGAAGUCUUAGUUCUUGAAAAAAAAAAUUGCAUUUGCCUGGUCUCUUCUUCUUCUGGGGCCAAGAAACCUGGAUUUGUCAACGAGUUUUUUAUAGCAUAUUUCAUAUUUAAUUACUUAGCUAUCUGACCUAUCUCUCAAAUCCAUUUCAGUUCUGAGUUGAUUACUUACUAUAUGUUUCAUAGGAGUGGCAUUCCCAUUAUUGUGGUAACUUGGCAAGGUGGCAUUCUAAUGGUCAUGGUUGUUCUAUCUGUUAAUUCAUAUACACAUUUCUUUCCACUUCUGUUAAAUGUCUCAAAUUUUCAUGUAUGUAAUACAAAGGAAUAUCAACC